AUGUCGAAUGAUAACUGUUUUACAUUAACAUCAACGAAUACUAUUGAAGAUCUUGAUACUUCAAAUACACGUCGAGUAACAUUAACUCGUACUGGUGUUGCCGCUCUAUUCGCUCAAUCAUCUUAUGAUACUGGUGACAAAAUUUCAACAUCAAAUUUGACACGUCCUACUCGAGAAUAUCGACCACCUCCACCGGUGACUCAUUCACGAUUAACACCAAAUUCUACAACAUCAAAUAAUUCAGCUAAUACUUCAUAUCGUUCAACAGGUCCAUCAGUAGCAGCACAACGAUCAUCUUUAUUUCGUUAUGUUAUUCAACGUUCAUCAUCGUUUGCGACAACUACUGUUUCACAAGCUAUAUCAAAUACUCGUCGACAUACAUUAAAACAAAUACGUUCAAUCUGUAAUCAACACGAUAAAGUUUCAUCUAUUGAUAAUGAUGUUGUACCGGUUGCAUCAAUAACCGAUUGUUUAGAAGCACCAUCAAUUGCUGCCGUUCAAAUUUGUCGUUCAAUCUCAAUGCCUAAUACAGCUAAGAAAUAUCGUCAACAUUACGAACAACAGCAUAUAUUAGUUAAUAGUGGUGGAAAACCUAUAUAA